CGGGAGAGAGACCAGGAACGGGUUUAGAGAGCGAGAGAGACACCGGGGGAGAGUGUGGCUACGGGUGGCUGGUGGCCAUCUCCUGUUAGUUAUUACUUCUCUUUCUGUCUGUCUGUCUGUCUGUGCUAGUGUUUGGUGUAUAAUGUGGGGUGGGGCAGAGGGAGGCAGCCUCUGGUUCAGGCGGGCAGGAGAAACAGCUUUUAUUGUGUUUUUUAUACAUAAUGUAAUGUGAUUAUAAUGUGAUGUGAAAACACAGAGGAUUCAGAGACCCCACAACCAUCAUCCAGCCACCAACAGCAGGAAGCAGCUUCAAGCAUAAAGCGUGAAUCGUGAAAAAGACGCGACUGUACAAUGGAGAGUAGGAGGACGGAUCCUGAGGUCAGUGAAAAUAGGCCGUCUGCAGACUCCGUCUCGGUCUCCUCCCUGAAGCUGAAUGGCUGCAGCUCCGAGUUCGGGUCGGACGAUGAAGAUGAGGUGCUGGACUGUGACGGGGGAGACCUGGAAUUAAAUCCCUUCGAUGGGCUGCCUUUUUCAUCGCGUUACUACCAACUGCUAAAACAGAGAAAGGAGCUGUCUGUCUGGGGCAUCAAGUCCAGGUUCAUGGAAAAUCUGGUGAACAACAAUGUGGUGCUGGUGUCUGGCCAGCUGGGAUGUGGCAAAAGCACUCAGAUAUCGCAGUGGUGUGCUGAGUAUGCCCUGUCAGUACAGUACCAGCACGGCAAUGUGGUCUGCACCCAGCCACACAGUCUGGCUGCCAUCUGCCUGGCUCAACGAGUAGCCGAUGAACUGGACUUAAACUUGGGUCACGAGAUUGGAUACCGGGUCCCUUACGAAGAGUGUUGCACAUCAGAAACUAUUCUCAGGUACUGCACAGAUGACAUGUUGCUGUACGAGAUGAUGUCCGACCCCUUGUUGCACCAGUACGGAGUUAUUGUCCUCGACGAUGCCCAUGGGCGGACGGUAGCGACCGACGUUCUCCUGGGUUUGUUGAAAGACCUGCCCAGGCAGCGCCAGGACCUAAGGGUGGUGGUGCUGACGGUACCUUACCUGGCGGGCAGGCUGCACAGUUACUACUCUGACGUGCCUUUUGUGCAAGUGGAAGAGCCUGUGGACCUUUUGUUUCCCGUGGAAACCGUAUACCGAGAUGGACAGUUUAAGGACCGGGUUUCAGCCGCUGCUCAGACUGUCCUGGACAUCCAUAGGAAGGGAGAAGAGGGGAAUAUUAUCGCCUUCCUGGCCAGUGAGGAGGAGAUAAUGCACUGCUGUGACGCCAUACGGACAGAAGGGGGCACCAUAGGCUCUCAGUUGGGCGAGGUUGUUCCUAUCCCAUUGCAUUCGGGGGUAGGAGGGGCCUUCCAUAGAGUGUACGAAAACUACGACGAGAGAGCAAAGGGCUACAGGAGAAAAGUCAUCAUCACAGACUCGCUGGCUGAUUCCUCCUUCCCUGUUGACGAGAUCGCUUUCGUAAUAGACACCGGAAUGGAACAGAAAAAUGUGUACAAUCCUCGAAUACGGGCUGACUCCCAGGUGGUGCGACCAAUAAGCAAAAGCCAGGCUGAGCUGAGGCGCAAGAGGUUAGGCUACACCUGCCCAGGAAAGUGUUUCCGCUUGUACUCGGAAGCGUUCCACGACGAGGAGAUGCCAGAGAUCCCUCCACCUCGCGUGUCGGAAGAGAACCUCAGCCACCUGGUUCUGCUGCUAAAACGCCUGGACAUCGCGGAUAUGGGGCAGUGUGACUUUUUGGACAGACCAGCCCCAGAGGCACUGAUGCAGGCUCUGGAGGACCUGGAUUACCUCGCUGCUCUGGAUGACGACGGAAACCUGUCAGAGGUUGGAAUCAUUAUGUCCGAGUUCCCUCUGGACCCACAGCUUGCAAAAGCUCUUCUGGCAUCCUGUGAAUUCGACUGUGUGAAUGAGAUGUUAACUAUUGCCGCGAUGGUAACAGCGUCGCCAUGUUUUGUGACGCUCUCCAAACAUCAGGAGGAGGCAGCUGCUGUGCACAGGAGAAUUCUGCUUCAUGCCGAGGGCGACCAUUUUACUCUCAUCAACGUGUUCAAUGCAUUCAAACAGCAUCACGAAGAUGAAAACUGGUGUGUGAAGAAUUACCUGAGUUACUCAGCCCUGACACUGGCAGAGAUUGUGCGUUGUGAACUGCUGGAAAUAAUGCAGCGGAUCGAGCUUCCUGUCUCCCCAGCGAACUUCGGGCUAGAGCACAAUGUGCUCAAUGUGAAGCGAGCUCUGAUCUCUGGAUAUUUUCUCAAGGUGGCGAGAGACGUGGAUGGCUCCGGUAACUACCUGAUGCUGAACCACAGGCACGUGGCUCACCUGCACCCGUUCUCCUGUUACCUGACCAAGAAGCCUCUGCCCCGGCCCCCCUCUUGGGUCCUGUAUCACGAGUUCACCGUCUCCCAGGACAACUGCAUCAGCGUGGUCUCCGAGAUUCACCCCGAAAUGCUGAUCGAGUUUGCGCCGCAGUACUACCUGAGCAACCUGCCAGCCAGCGAGAGCCGAGACCUACUGGCGGAGCUUCGAGACAGAGUGACGGGUGGGGAAAGGCCAGCGGAGAGUGAGGCAGAGGAAAGAGCGAAGGAAGAGGAAGAAAACACAGAGGAGGGUGAAAAUGAGGAGCUAUGUCUGCUUCAGUGAGAGAGAGGAUGGGAGAGAAGUGCAGACAGACUUCUGGCUCCUCACACCUAUCCUAUACAUAUGACAUUAUAUAUUAAUUACAUGUUCGUGAUGGCAAUUCACUCCAUCGUAUCCUGAAGAGCUCAGCCCUAUGGGGAAAUAGGCAUAAAAACCAAAUUGGGCUUUAAUCCAGUUUAACCCUCCACUUAACCCUCCGCCUGUCUUUGCCUGUGAUUUAGUUUCAGAAAAUGGCCCCAGGAAAGACAUGGGAAGUUGUGUGGGGAGGAGGAGGAAGGCUGGUGGAAGUUGACUGUGUGAUGUGAGUUAAUGUGCUGUUUUCUGUUCACCAUUCACCUUUCGGAGUGGGUUUGGAUGUUUGGGCUGGUAGGACGGGGACGGGAGCCGCUGAUUGUGAUGUGAAAUGAAGGGAAGCAGUAAUCCACAGCAUCUGACACCACAGGGCAAUGGUGCGGGAGCUGGUGCAACCUGGAUGCUCUUGAAAGGUGACCAGGAAUCAUUGAGAUGAAGCAGUCAAUGCCACCACCCCCGCAGUCCCACCACCCACCCAGGAGUUAAGAGAUUUUGGUACAAACCAUGGAGUGCAACAUCUCAGAACUUUCCAAUGUGUGUCUGAAAGUACGUCUGCCGAAUAGCAGGGGAAAUCUGAGAGUGAGGUGUUCAUUCAAUCCCACUGCCCUAUCCCCACAUCCCUUCAAGUUGUUAUGCUUCAUGUACCUGUCUACUUCCCUAUUGAAACCCACAAUGAACUCUGCCUCUACCACCUUCAUAGAAUCAAAGUCAACUCCAAGGGAAACCUCUCAACUCUGUGUGUCUGUGUGUGUGGGUGGGGGGGAAGACGUCUUAAAUCCAAUCUCAAAUUCUAAACAAAACCCCCACCAUAAUCUCCCAGUGAAUCUACACUGCACUUUUUUUGCUAAUUGAGCAAAGUUGAUUCCUGGAAUGCAGCCCAUCAGGAUAAGAUUGUGUUUACACUACUGACUGCAGUUUAUGACAAUGUUUUUCCCCUCUUCUCUCUUUCUCUCCUCUCUCUUCUCUCUUUAUCUUUUCUCUCUCUCUCUCUCUGAUUGAGAAUGUUGUGGCUACCGUGGGGUGGUUUUACUUUGCGUGUUGUAUACUUUGACGAGUAUAGGCAACGCUGAAUGGGUGAACCGCCCACCCCCCACACGUUUCAUUCAAGUUUCAAUCCACAACGCCUUCAGCGUUACAAUGAGACAUCGGAACUCCUGCAAUGCCUCCUACCACUUGUUGAAAGGAAUUUCCGAACAUUUUAUUACAACAAUUUGAAUAAGGGAUAUUUUAAAAGAACAUAACAUUAUUCCUUGCUCAGAGUCUCAACACGAAGAGCACUGUCUACACAUGUGUAAAUUGUUCUGCAUAGUGCGUGUCCUCUCCAGCAUCAGGCUCUGACCUAUCACCCCCAUCCUUGCCCGUCACCACUGGCUCCCUAUCCCCCAGAGGAUAGUUCAAAAUCCUCAUCCUCGCUUUCAAAGCCCUCCAUGGCCUUGCUCCUUCCACCCCGUCUUGUAGAAUUGCAGAACUUUUAAUUUAUGUGCCAACUUUUGAUCUAAUAUUUUGCAUUUUUUUUCCUUAAGCAAAGAAAAAAUUGCAGCGUAAUAGCUUGAAGGGAUUGAAUCAUGAAGAUACUUCAUAAAGGCAAAAGAUUGCACUAUUGUUUGCCCGCUUGCCACUUUCUGUGCGCUUCACAAAGGAAGUGACAUUGGGGGCACUCCAAGGAAGUGACGUCAGAGACAAAUCCUGAAGUCAACCAUUUUUUCCGCACGUUUCGAUGAGAAAUUUCCCCCAGUAAAAACUGUGCUGCCCUGUGACAAGGUCAGUUAGUAGAUUAGCCCCGGAUUUGGAGGGGGAAAGACCUUGAAAAAAAAUGGCCUGAAAUAGUGAGCUGGUUUCAUGACUUAGGUGCCAACUUGAGGUGAGGAUCAACCAUAGCUUUUAAUUUUACAAUCAAACUUGACACUUUUCAAAGAGGGGGAGGGGGGGAAAGACGGGUUUCCUGGACAUUACAGAUCCCAUUCUUGACAGCAUUUUUUUUUUAAUUCUGUGCACUCAAAAUUGCCUAUUGGUGACCUGCGCUCGUCACUUCCUGUGCGCUUCACAAAGGAAGUGACGUCAGGAGGACGCCUUGCGCACAAUGCGCAAUAAGUGACAUCAGUGACUACCUUGAAGUCAGACCCCCCCCCCCACGUUAUGUUCCAAUAUUGCACAGCCUAUUUUGCCUGCCUUCCUCAUGGGGAGUCUUGUUUUAGUUAACUGCCCGGACAUGCACUCCGGCCAAAAAUACUUUCUCAUUUGAUUGAGACGUGGGAACAUCUCGCAAGUGAAAGCGAAUAAUUUUACUUAACGGGAAGGAGUGUUGUGUGGAAGGAGAAAGGAGGGGGAGAGAGAAGAGAGAAGGGAGGAAGCUCCAACAUUGCACAGUUGCUUUGCACACACUAUUAACUUUUUUUUAAAAGAAUGGGUAUUUCCUCCUUUUGUGAUCAUGCACCAGUACAAAUUGUACAAACUGUAAAACUUGUGAUUUUUGUGGGUAUAAUAGAAAUUAGGGUGUUGCUGCUAUAUUUAUUGAUUUUAUUCUUUGUGAGGGGGAAUUUUUGUGUCACUCCUUUUCCCCUAUAAUAAUAAUUAUGAAUAAUAAUUUAAAAUCCUGGAUGAAAUUAUUCUUGUAAGUACAGGUACAGAUCGAAUAAGUUUGUAAUGACAGAANUUUUUUUCUAAAAAAAAACAAAUAAGAAAACUUGGUGCGAGACUGGAAUAAAAUUAUUAUUAUUGUUGUCAAUAGGACACUGACUGUUAUUUAACAUCAGGAAGCCGCUGUGGCAGAAAUUCUGCUGGUGUUGAUUUUAAAUAUAUUUGCAAAGUAUU